AUGGCCAUAAUCACUAAUAGGAGUAGCGAUACGGAUAUCUUUGUGUUUGAAGAUUACAACCAGCGCAUUGCUAUAGCGACUUUCUUAUGUAUCGUCUUCGUUGUGGGAUCCAUCGGCAAUACACUCGUCAUCACCGCAGUAGUCCUUUCCCGUAAACUCCGCUCAUCCACCAACUGGUUCGUUGUCAACUUAAGCUGUUGCGACCUUCUCAUAUGCCUCUGUCUCCCGUUUAAUGUUGUCGCCAUGCUAAGCCGUGACGGAUGGCCUUUGCCCGGUUGGAUUUGCGCAGCCAAUUCGGCCAUGGCAUGGAUAUGUCUGGGUGCCAGCGUCAUGACGCUGGCCCUCAUUGCCUUUAACCGCUGGUACCUGCUGACAAAGUCAAUGAUGCACUUCCAGACACUCUACACAACUAGAAACAUAUGCUUUAUGCUGCUUAGCGCUUGGAUGUACCCAGCUCUUUUGUGCCUGUUACCUCACUUUGCUGGGUUGGGCCGACUGGGAUAUUCUAACAAUUUUAAGGCCUGCGCCCAGGAUAAUUCAAUUCCAACUUCAUUCCUAUAUAGCCUCAUAGCCGGGGCAUGCGCCAUCAUGCCUGCGUUCAUUGUCAUGGGUGUUAUCUACGUUCGGAUCUAUCUUUUCGUUUCGGGACAACGUAAAAAGAUGAAACAGCUCAGAAAGUCCGGAGCACCCCAGAUGCGAGGCAUAGACAAUGUCAACAUGGAAAUUAGCUCAUCAGAGUUUCCCUCUACUAAACGGAGCACUCUCACACCUGAAGAGAACAUCACACAAAGCCGGUCAACUUCAAACCUUGAAACAUCACAAACAACCGAAACCGAUAUAUCAAAUGGAGAGGGCAAAUUGACAGCCAUUGAGAAUUUACCAAAAAACACACCCCUUGAAAAUUCUGAGAAUCAAUCAAGGCAGUCUCCAAAAAGUACCGAAGCUAAUCAGAAACGUCUAAGACCCAUCAAGCAACGUUCGCCAGAUAACAAGGCAGACCCACACCUGAACAAUUACAACGUCACGGUUACGAAAAGACUUGCUGUUGUGGUCCUAGCAUUCGUCAUUUGCCUGCUUCCGUUCACUGUGAGCGUUCUCAUUCCUUCAAGCAAUCCGGGUAUCCCUUGGACAGGCCUGAUGUUGACCUUCAACAGUUGCGUCAACCCUCUGAUUUACACCAGGACAAUGCCAGAGUUCCGCAAGGUGAUGCUAGCCAUCAUUCGCUGUCGCCUCAAGGACAUCACUGAACCAAUCGCAUGCAUCCGUCGCUUUCGUUAA